ACAACAGCCUGUGACUCGCCACCUGCGCCGCCGAAGGCUUCUCCCAUCUCACCGCACGUCGACUUUUCGACACAAUGAGCCCAAACUCCCUCGAUGUCCACGACCCCGUCAACAAAGAUGGAUGUUCUUCCAGCAAAAAAAAUCCGAGAUCGUGUCCUUACCUGGAUACUGUCAACCGCACGUCUCUAGACUUCGAUUUUGAAAAACUCUGCUCUAUCUCGCUCCUUGACUACAACAUCUACGCCUGUCUCACCUGCGGCAAAUACUUUCAAGGCAGAUCCCCAAACACACAUGCAUAUAUACACUCCCUCGACUCUAAACACCACGUUUUCAUCAAUACGGAAACAAAAAAAAUCUACUGCCUCCCCGACAACUAUGAAGUUAUCGACUCGUCCUUGGACGACAUCAAAGGCAUGUUGGACCCCCAACUCACCGACCAAGAAAUAGAAAUCAUAGACAAAGAAGUCAUCACGUCCAGAACGCUGGACGGACAUCAGUACAUAUGCGGCGUCGCCGGACUAAAUACUCUAAAUAAAGCCGACCACAUCAACACCUCCAUUCAAGCCCUCGCUCACCUUCCCAAAGUAAGAAACUUUUUUUUCAAACAAUCAAACUAUUGUCACCCUGACUACAAGGCCACCGAACUCAUCUCUCGAUUCGGCAUUCUGAUCCGCAAACUAUGGAACCCUCACAACUGGCGCUCUCAUAUAUCCCCGCAUGAAUUCAUCCAAGAACUGUCCCUCCGUUCUAAACGUAAAUUUGCCAUAGGACUGCACGGAGACCCACUGGAAUUCUAUGUAUGGCUUGUCAACGUCCUCAAGCAAGACAUGAAACCCUUCGUCAAGUUCUGCCUCGAAUCUCUACAUCAACAAGCUCAAAAUGUGUCUGAUUUGUUCUGUGGUAAAAUCCGUAUAAACGCUGUCAAAAACGCAAAACGCACCAAACUUGAUGUCUCAACCUCCGGCCAAUCCUCUUCAACCAUCGAUAAUUCUCAAAGCGCAAUAACCCCCAUAAUCUGUCAAACGAUCCCCUUCUUCUUUCUUCAACUAGACCUCCCUGCUAUCUCUCUAUACAAAGACGAAAAAAGCAUCAACGUCACUCCGCAAAUCCCUAUCUACAACCUGCUCUGUAAAUACGACGGACGAACAACGCAUUUCGUCCCAUGGCUCCUAGAAACGCGCACUUACACCAUCACUAAACUCCCCAAAUACCUCGUCUUCUACAUCAAAAGAUUCUCUACAAAUCAGUUCUUGACAGAAAAAAACAAAACGAUUGUCAACUUCCCAGUUCAAGACCUCGAAAUGGCCGGUUUCAUCGCCCCAGAAGCUGCCUCCGAUGGAUCCACUAAGUACGACUUGCGCUCAUACAUAUGUCAUAACGGAGACGCUGAAAAAGGACACUACUCAGCAAGAAUACAUCACCAAGCAAAUAAUAAAUGGUAUGAUUGUCAAAACCUGUAUAUUUCAGAAAUCUUGCCCGAGGACCAUCUCCUGGCGGAGGCAUACAUGCUAUUCUAUGAAAGACAAUAAAUUUCACGAACUUUCUCAGUUCAAAAUCGUCGGAAGUAUCUGGCCGUAUUUGACGUG